CCAGGCACUCAAAGACACCGAACUCUCAGCUUGAGGCAGAACUAAGCACAUUUGAACAGGAGAAUCCACGCCUCAUGCUGCUCUCCAGUCUGCUCUGGGUGUUCCUGGCCGUUGCCUUCUCUGGAUCUGGUGUGGCCCAGAAAGUUAUUCAAGACCAGUCAGAUGUAUCCAGCCAAGUGGGGCAGUCAGUCACCCUGAAUUGUCGGUAUGAAACAAGUUGGACUGCUUACUACCUUUUCUGGUACAAGCAACUUCCCAGUGGACAGAUGACUUAUGUUAUUCAUCAGGGUUCAUUAGUCACAAAUGCAAGUAAAGACCGCUACUCUGUAAACUUUAAGAAAGCAGAUAAAUCUAUCAGCCUCACCAUUUCAGCUUUACAACUGGAAGACUCUGCAAAGUACUUCUGUGCUCUCUGUGAACUCACAGUGCUUGAAUUAAUAGGAAAAGCUGUACAAAAACCCCAGAGCUUAGUAAGAGAGAGCCCCUCUGCUGCAAGACCCCAGCUGAAAUGCACACCCGCAGACCCCAGACAAGAAAUGAUAGUCCUGUGGUUAUUUAAGUUGUGGUCUGGAUCAGAAGAUUUAGUUCAAGUUAAAGGCACCUUCUACGUUAUUUGGAAACAGGUGUCCAAAACAAAGUCAUACUUGAACUAUGAGGACAACUGGAACCCACAGACUUGUCUGUCCCUCACCUCCUUCAGUCUCACAAUAGUGGGUGACUUUGAAGAGAAGUGGGUGUCAUUUGCCAUCACGCUACACGCAUACUUGGCCCAAGACAAAGAAGAUGAGGAGGACAUCUAA